AUGGCCAAUGACAAUCUCACCGGGGUGACGGAGUUCAUUCUGAUCGGAAUCACAGAUCACCCAGAGCUCCAAGUCCCGCUUUUCUUGUUGUUCCUAGUGAUCUAUGUUGUCACCCUGAUAGGCAAUAUCGGGAUGAUCAUCUUAAUCAUUGUUGACCAUCGACUUCACACCCCCAUGUACUUUUUCCUUAGCCAUUUGGCUUUUGUGGAUCUCUGUUAUUCCUCCACCGUCACCCCCAAAAUGCUGGUGAACUUCUUAGCAGAGAGUAAAACAAUUUCUUACUAUGCCUGCGCCACACAGCUGGGCUGCUUCCUGACAUUUAUGAUCACGGAGUGUUUCCUCCUGGCUGGGAUGGCAUAUGACCGUUACGUGGCCAUCUGUAACCCGCUGCUUUACAAGGUCAUCAUGUCCCAGAAGGUCUGUGUCCAGCUGGUUGCUGGACCCUACAUAUACAGCUUCUGUGUUGCCCUGUUCCACACCAUUCUUACCUUCCGUUUAUCCUUUUGUUCCUCCAAUAUGAUCAACCAUUUCUACUGCGACGAUAUGCCCUUGCUGGCGCUCUCCUGCUCUAAUACCUAUCUCAAACAGGUGUUGAUCUUUGCCUUUGCUGGCUUCGAUAUGAUUGCCUCCUCCCUGAUCGUCCUGAUCUCCUAUCUGUUUAUCUUCUCCACCAUCCUGCGGAUCCGCUCCGCCGAGGGGAGGCACAAGGCCUUCUCCACCUGCGCUUCCCACAUAACGGCCGUCACCAUCUUCUACGGGACAUUGAUCUACAUGUAUUUGCAACCCAGCUCCAACCACUCACUAGAUACGGACAAAGUGGCCUCCGUGUUCUACACGGUGGUGAUCCCCAUGCUGAACCCCCUCAUCUACAGCUUGAGGAACAGGGAGGUGAAGGACGCCCUGAGGAAGGUCAUGAAGCUG